AUGGAUAUCAACCUUCGUUAUAGCCUUCAAUUACAGAUUAAGCAAAAGCCAUUACACGUCUUCCUCUGUAUCUUACUUGCUGGUGAUAUUGAUACUAAUCCAGGCCCUGUGGCCAUGUCUAAAACUCAACGUUGCCUAUCAUUCAACACUCAAAGCCUCCGAAGCGUCAACAAGCGACAGGGUGGAACAUUCAAAAGCAACUUAAAAUCGUUUCAAGAACUUGUUUACGCUGAAAAUUUGGAUGUCAUAUCGCUCACUGAAACAUGGCUCAAUGAUAAUGUCAGUAACAAUUAAAUAUUGCCUUCUGGUUACAACAUUAUCAGAAAAGAUCGGCCAUCCAACAAACGUGGAGGUGUUUUGCUAGCAUUGCGUGAAGGAAUUCAAUAUAACAGAGUUAACUCGGAAUCUUGGUCUGACCAUUUAGAAAUUCUCUCCAUAGAAAUUGAAUCACAUACACCAAAUAAAUGCCUGCUGUGUGUCUGCUACAGACCACCGAACGGUGAUCUUAAUGAAUGGCUUAGUUAUUUUACGUUGUUCCUUCAAGUGGCUGAAAAAUAUGAAAAAGUUUUCAUAACUGGAGACUUUAAUUUUCCUGUAUUGACUUGGAACUCUGACCUUACUUCCCAGAAUGCCCCUCCCAGUUCCAUUGAAUUUCGAAAUCUCGUAUACGACUUUUUUCUUGAACAAGUUAACCCGCAUCCGACGAGGCUGAACAACAUAUCCUUGAUCUAAUCCUAACCAACACUCCUGAGUGUGUUAUUGAUGUAUCGUGCAUAUGACCACAAUCAAUGGACCUCUUCAGCGAUUAUAAUCUUCUGUUCUUUGAUUUCAACCUGUUUGCCAAGUUAUCUUCCAGUGACAAACGAUCUGUCCUAGUCUCUUUUAACAAUAAACCUGUCGCCAUCAAUAGCCUUAAAUCAAAUCAACAACAUGAGCACAAAUAGUAAUCCUGAUGAUAUCAACAAGGACUGGGAACGUUGGUGUGAUCGUUUCAUGGAUGCUGUAAAUCGUCAUAUCCCGACUAAAAUUAUUAAAAAACGAACAUCUCCCCCUUGGCUAGACAGUGAAACGCAUCACCUAUUACACAAAAAGGAAACGGCUAGAAGAAAAGCCAGAAAGAGCUGCUGCAGUAACAAUCUCUGGGAAAAUUUCAGAAACCUUCGCCGUUCCUUUAAGUCGCUGAUAUCCCGUAAGCGAAAAGAGUUCUUUCAGUCUUUGCCUGUUCUUAUGAAAUCAAACACAAAACGAUUCUGGUCGUUGUUCAAAUUUACAUCAAAUUCAUUUAGUGUACCAAACAAAAUGAGUUGGAAGCGUGAUGAAGGAACUGUCAUUGCUGAAAAUCCCGAAGACGUUGCAAAUCUCUUAAACAACUUCUUCUUUUCUAUGUUUAAUACACCACUUUCCCAAGAAGACUAUGAUGCCCAUCCAGCGUCCACCACCACCUUCUGUGACCCCAUAAGCGAUAUCAACAUAUCACCUGAUGACGUUCAACGUGCUCUUCUCUCUCUCGAUGACAACAAAGCUACUGGUCAAGACAAAAUUCCGGCAAAGUCGCUUAGAUGUUGUGCUCCAUACAUUUCCUCAUCCCUUGCUGAUCUCUUCAAUAGAAGCUUAACUUCUGGUAGUGUACCAGCGGAAUGGAAAGUUUCUAAUAUAAUACCCAUUCCUAAAGGUGGUCAAAAGAACGAAGUUUCAAAUUAUCGACCGAUAUCUUUACUUCCAAUUGUAUCAAAAGUGCUCGAGCGUUGCAUAUACGACCAAUUGAUCAACCAUGUCUCAAGUGAACUGCAUAACCUCCAAUAUGGAUUUCUCAGGGGGAAGUCUACAACAUCACAAUUACUAAAGGUUCUACACGAGUUUGGUGAGUCGCUCGACAAGAGAAUCCAAACUGAUGUCCUUUAUCUCGAUUUCGCUAAAGCGUUUGACAGGGUUGAUCAUCAGCUGCGUCUCAAGAAACUUAGUAAUUUUGGAGUUUGCGGAAACUUGCGCAAGCUGAGCUGGUUUCAUAACUAUCUAUCAGAUCGCCAUCAAAAAGUCACCAUUUUAGGAAAAACAUCCCGAUCAAUACCCGUUCUAUCAGGUGUUUCUCAGGGUUCAAUCCUUGGCCCUUUAUUGUUUCUUGUAUACGUGAAUGAUCUGCCCGAAAAGUCCACCACAUCGUCUGUUGCUCUGUUUGCUGAUGAUACCAAGUGUUAUCAUGCCAUAAGAACAACAGAUGACGUAAAAGCUCUCCAAUGUGAUCUGGAUGGAAUCAGCCAAUGGUGUCGGACGUGGCGCAUGAACCUUAACGAAACUAAGUGUGGAGUUCUUAAGGUAACAAGGAAUCUCAAACCCGUGCAGUCAUCUUACCAUCUGGCAACAACGAUAACUCAGCCAACUCAACGGUCAUCUGUAAAAGGCUUGUUAAUUUAA